AUGAAGCCUCCUCCCGGUUCCGGCUCCGGGACCGGACUCUGCGACUCCCUCGCGCGAAUCGUCCGUGGCGUGCUGGAGUCUCUGGGGGCCGGCAUCCACUGCAAUCGCCGUGGCCAGCACCAGGGCAGCAGCAGCAGCAGCGUCCAGGAGCCGGCGGACGACACGGAGGCGGCGAAGGGCGGCAGCAUCAGCAACCGGUCGCUGCCGCUGUCGACGUUCAUCCAGAUGCUCAAGGACAAGACCGGGAGGCACGACGUCGGCGUGGGCUCCAUCCGCACGACGCUGUUCCACCACUUCGGCGACGAGGCGAGCCCCAAGGUCAAGAGGUUCAUGAAGGUCAUGGUGGCCAAGCUCCGGCACGACGGCAAGGAGGAAGCGGAGCAGUCGUACGUUCCCACUCCCAGGGAGGCGGAGGCGGCGGAGGCCCUGGCGCAGGAGCAGGACACGCACAGCGUCGAGGAAGUGUACGCGGGGCCGGCGGCGGCGGCCAGGGUGCCGCCGCGGAACGGCGUCCUGAUCAGCGGGUGCCAGACGGACGAGACCUCGGCGGACGCGACCACGGCCGACGGCAUGUCCUACGGCGCGCUGAGCAACGCGAUCCAGACCAUCCUCGCCGGCAACGGCAACGGCAAGAAGCGCGGGGCAGCGGUGACGAACCGAGGGCUGGUGGUCAGGGCGCGGGAGCUGCUGUCCAAGCAGGGGUACACGCAGCAGCCCGGGCUCUACUGCAGCGACGAGCACGCCAGGCUCCCCUUCAUCUGCUGA